AGGCCUGGGGGGAGGGAGGGCCACCAGCUCUUCUUCGCCUACGCUUCCCAGCAUGCAUUGGGAGGGAGUGACGCAGAAUGAUCCGCGACAACGCCUGCGACGAGGACGACGCCUCCGCUUCCAGUGGCCGCCUGAGCCCUGUGUUUGUGGGCCGAGAGGCGGCUGGAGGCCGGGGAUGGCGGAGCCCGGGGGAGGCGGCGGCAGCGGCGGCUCCUCGUCCUCCUCGGGCGGCGCUGGCGGGGGCUCUUCGGGCCCCGUAGCCCCCGACCCGGCCUCGCUACCCCCGGGAGACGCCCAGCUCAUCGCCCUCAUCGUCGGGCAGCUCAAGAGCCGCGGCCUCUUCGACGCCUUCCGCAGGGACUGCCUGGCCGACGUCGACACCAAGCCAGCCUACCAGAAUUUGAGACAGAAAGUGGACAACUUUGUGUCUACCCACCUGGAUAAGCAGGAUUGGAACCCCGCAAUGAACAAAAACCAGCUACGGAAUGGCCUCAGGCAGAGUGUGAUUCAAUCAGGGAUGUUGGAAGCUGGAGUGGACAGAAUUAUUUCUCAGGUGGUGGAUCCAAAACUAAACCACAUCUUCAGGCCUCAGAUAGAGAAGGCAAUUCAUGAUUUCCUGGCUGCACAGAAGAAAAAGGAACCAGUGCCAGCUCCUCCUCCUGAGCCUGAGAGUCAGGAGCCUUCUGCUCCAUCACAAGAUGCAUCGUAAGUGCAUUUCUGGCUUCAAGGGAUCUACAGUUGCAAAACACAGGCAGAAUCUGGCAGUGAGCUAAAUAUCUGCAGGAGUGCAGUUUGUCAGCUAACAUCAACUACAAUUGAGAGGAAGUGUUGGCAGAAAUCACAAAUGGUUUCUAUGGUGUGGAGGGGUAGGCAAAAUGUGGAACUGUAUUGUUAUGGGCAGAGGUAGCAUCUGUUUUUGCUAAUUACAUAUUUCUGGGUGGAUUACCCCUUUGCAGGGGAACCACUAGGGGGAAAGGGGGUUCUGGUGUGAUAUUAGUGAAAGUGAUGGUAUUUGGGAUGUAGCCAAUAGCAGGGAAAGGGCAUUCUGAGCAUGCUUGGUUUCCUGAGAGGCCAGUGUGUGUUUGAAAGCCUUCUGGAGAGGUCUGGAGAAAGAAGCAUUCAGCACGCAAGCAUGAAGUUGAUCAUUUACCAGCAAGGGAUCACUGAGUACUAGAUGCUUAUUCAAAUUCAGUCAUAGCUCACUCACAGUGCCUGACUACGUCUGAUACAGCUGCAAAGGACUGUUCACCAUUGGCUUUCCAGGUGUGUCCAGGAAUGGAUUUUUUGAGGAAAUGGUGUGUCAGACACACCUCACAGCUUGGCUCACUUCCCAAGCUGAUCAGGGAAGUGGGUGUGAGGAAGAGUCUUCUUCUGUGAGCCUUGCAAUUGAAGAGAGCUCUUUUGUCUGUAAGAUCUUCAGGUGCCUGUUAGAAGCUGCUUAGAGAGUCAUAUAAGCUCUCAAGUAGGCAUUUGUGCUCAACUGUUUGGCUAGAAAAUAUCCAGAUUUUUUUUCUAAUAAACUAGUAGAAAAAUA